AUGUCGGCGGGUGAAUAUAUGCGCACCCGCCUGUCCACGUUGCGACCACCCAUGAAUCGGGUCAAGAAUCCGAUUCCUCUCCUGCGCAUGCUCAACGGCCGCCAGUGGGCAUUCUUCGGCGUAGCUCUCGCUGCCUGGACUUGGGAUGCCCUCGACUUCUUCACCGUCUCUCUCACCGUCAGCGAUCUAGCCAAGGACUUUAACCGGACCAAGACGGACAUCACCUGGGCCAUCACCCUCGUCCUCAUGUUCCGAUCCGUCGGCGCCGUCAUCUUUGGUAUCUUGUCUGACCGAUAUGGGCGCAAGUGGCCCUUUAUCUUUAACAACUUCCUUUUCGUCGUAAUUGAACUUGGCACUGGUUUUUGCACCAACUUCACCCAAUUCCUAGUGUGCCGUGCCAUUUUCGGCGUCGCCAUGGGCGGCUUGUACGGCAACGCCGCCGCAACGGCCCUCGAAGAUUGUCCCGAAGAAGCCCGCGGUCUCAUCAGCGGCAUGCUCCAGCAAGGUAACGACGCCUACAUCCACCAAAAGCGCCUCCUCGCCGACGCCCGCGCCGCCGCCGCCUCCUCCUCCGGCGACCGCGCCCCCAGCGCCUCCCGCACCUUUGCCCGCCAGGGCAAGGUCGCCCUAUCCCGCCACUGGCGCGUCCUCGUCUACCUCGUCCUCCUCAUGGCCGGCUUCAACUUCAUGUCCCACGGCAGCCAGGACAUCUACCCCGUCAUGCUCAGCAACCAGUUCGGCUUCACCCCCGACAUGAUCACCGUCACCCAGGUCGUCGCCAACCUCGGCGCCAUCAUCGGCGGCACCACCGUCGGCUACCUAAGCCAGUUCUUCGGCCGCCGCCUCACCAUCAUGGCCUGCUGCGUCGUCGGCGGCGCCCUCCUCUACCCCUACACUUUUGUCAGCAACUACGGCGUCGCCGCCGCCGCCUUCUUCCAGCAGUUCUGCGUCCAGGGCGCCUGGGGCGUCAUUCCCAUCCACCUCAUGGAGCUCUCCCCGGCGCCUUGCGCGCCUUCUUCCACCAUCGAGGCCAGUCUCGGCGAGCGGUUUCCCUUGCCCCCGACCGAAGAAGGCGAGCCCCGCUACGAGUACGGCAGGGUCAUUUGCAUCUUCAUGGGCUGUGUGUACGGGUACCUGUUGAUUCUCACCUUCCUCGGCCCCGAAAACAUGGGUCGGAGCUUUGAUGCCGAAGAUGACGAGGAUGCCGUUGCUGUCGCUGGGAAGGAGGUGGUUGAGGCCGCGAGAGUAGCGAGAGAAGAUGAAGAGAAGACCAGAAAGGGGCUGGCAUGA